CACACCUGUUCUGCUGAGUUUCAUUUCCUUUCUUCUGAAACACUGAACUGCUCCGAUUCUGUUUGUGAUACUUUGGUCAAAGUUUUGAACCAUGAUUACACACAUCAGUGUGGUGAUGACCAUCCUUGCAGUGGCCGAUGCUUGUGUAAUGUCUUGUGAGUGUGUAGACAACACCACUAUCACUUGUUUAAACAAGAAUCUGUUGGAAUUGCCUUUACCUCUGCAAGGUACCAAGAACCUAUUUGUUAGUAACAACCGGAUCCAUUCUCUCCCCGGUGAAGGUUUAGAAGAACUACAUAUACUUGAUCUUACAAACAAUCACCUUAGUGUGUGGCUUACUGGAACUACCAGAUUACCAAAUAUGAGAAGCCUUUCUCAGUUGUUUCUACGAGGAAAUCGACUCAGUACUUUUAAAACUGGAUUAUUUCAAGAACUAAAGAACCUGACUUACUUGGACCUCAGUGACAACAGUUUAAAAAUUGUCCCACAGAAGUUCCUUCAAGGUCUAAACAACCUUCAAACUCUUAUUUUGAGUUUAAACCAGAUACAUACCCUGUCCUGUGGAGCUUUUAAAGAAGCAUCUGCACUUAGGGAGCUGCACCUAAACAGUAACAACAUCGAGGUGCUAGAUAUGUGCGUGUUUGAAAACUGUGUCAGUCUGAACAGACUCUUCCUGUCCAACAACCGUUUGAAAGGUGUAAAUCAAGGGACAUUCCGAAGUGCGCUUGGACUGGUUCACCUUGAUCUUAGUAACAACAUGCUUUCCACUGUUCCCACUGAUGCUCUUAAGGAAGCCUCUAACCUCACCAGCCUCUACCUGCAGAAAAAUGCUAUCACAUUAAUUCCUGAAAAUGCUUUCUAUGGGCUAUCAGGAUUAAGAAAACUGCACCUAAACAGUAACCACAUUGAGAUAUUAGCUGUGACCUCUUUCAGAGGUCUUUACCAGCUCGGUGAACUAGAUUUGAGUUUAAACAAGUUGCAAAAUCUCUCCUCACAGGUAUUUCAAGAUCUAGGCAGACUAGAAAACCUAAAUCUAUACCACAAUGCAUUGACCUUUUUACCAGCAGGCCUGUUUAAUAAUUUGAAAAAGUUAUAUGAACUACAGCUUGACAAAAAUAAUAUUCAGGCCAUCCUACCAGAUCUGUUUCAGCCCCUUCCGAAGCUCAGAUUUUUACAGCUAGACAAUAAUAAGAUCUCAGAGCUCACCUUGUCCUCAUUCGCAACAAUGAGAAAACUUAAACAACUUGACCUGAGCAACAAUUAUUUGACAAAUAUUUCAAUGGGGAUUUUACACAAGGAAUCACUGUCACUCCAUGACAUUCAACACAAAUCAUCACAAGGGGAUUCUGCACUUAGUGAACUUAACCUGAGCAAUAACAAAAUUCAGGUAAUAGACCAGCAUGUGUUUGAAAAUUACACCAAUUUGAACAAACUCUGCUUGUCCAAAAACCAGUUGAAACAUUUAAAGGAAGGGACCUUCAAGGGUGCACUGGUCUUGACUCAUCUUGAUCUCAGUGAAAACAAGCUUUCCUCUGUGCCCAGUGAUGCACUUAAGGAUACCACUAAUCUAACAAGUCUUAACUUGCAGAAAAAUCUGAUCACAUUUGUCCAUGAAAAUGCUUUUUCAGGACUAUCUGCACUGAAGAAAUUAGAUUUGAGCAAUAAUGCCAUUUCAAAUUUGAAUGAGAAGUCCCUGAUGUCUCUGGUCAAUCUUGUGGACUUAGAUCUGAGCCUCAAUCAAAUAGUGAAUCUUACAAAUGUGCUUCAAGACUUGGGAAAACUAAAGAUCCUUAAAUUGCACAAAAAUUACCUAGAAUCACUACCCAAUGGUAUGUUUAACCAUUUGACUGAAUUAACUGAACUAAGACUUGAAAGCAAUUAUCUUUCUGACAUCUCGCCAGAUCUAUUCCAUCCACCAACUGCACUCCAAAAUUUACACACUGAUACUUACAAUAUCUCUGGGCUGAACUCAUCCUCAUGCACAGCACUGAUAAACAACCUCCUGACAAACAAUUCUAAGAAUCUUUUCAACAUUACGCUACCAUCCAGUGAUAAUGAGAAAUCACUAGCCUCACUAAACAAUAGUGAACUUAUUAAAUUCUUAGUCAGCAUGAAUGGUGGAAUAGAUAUGAACUGUUCCUCUGUAGUCAGGCAUUUUCUGUUAAACAGCAUUAAGCACACACUGAGACUUUCUGAUCUUGAUCUCAGCAAUAACAAGCUCACUACUAUCCCAUGUGGUGCCCUUAAGUAUACUACUAAUCUCACUAGGCUCUACUUGCAGAAAAAUGCUAUCACCCUCGUCCCUGAAAAUGCUUUCUCUGGACUAGCUGGAUUAAGAAAAUUGGAUUUAAGCACAAAUCACCUGGUUACUUUGCCUGUUAACUCCCUCAUGGGUCUCUUCCAGCUUACUGAACUAGAUUUAAGCUUCAACCAGUUGCAGGAUCUUCCCUCAAACGUGUUUCAAGACUUGGGCAACCUAGAAGUUCUUAAUUUGUACCACAAUGCUCUGGCAUCCCUUCCCAGUGGCUUCUUCAACAAUCUUACCAAAUUGAAGGAGUUGGUGCUUGAAAGAAAUAAUAUAUCUGUCAUUGUACAAGAUCUAUUCAGCCCACUGACCGAACUCCGAGAAUUACAGCUGGGUAACAAUCACAUCUCCAAGCUUAACUCGUCUGUAUUUAGAACUCUGACAAAGCUGCAGGAAAUCUAUUUAAACAACAAUGCUAUUAUAAAUAUUCCCAAGCAUUUUAUACCGAAAGCACAACAUCUGAAAGUUCUAAAUCUGGCGAACAAUCAAAUUUACUUUGUUUCACGAUUCGCUUUCAAGGGCCUCAACAGACUCCGCUAUCUGAGACUAAGCAACAACGCCAUUUCUGUUCUCUAUUCCGAAAUGCUGACUGGUCUUGAUGACUUACGGGAGCUCGAGUUAAAUGUUAACUACAUAAAGUGGCUCCCAGUUGGGUUUUUCUCAGGGCUUCAAAACUUGAGGAUACUUGACUUGGCCAACAAUGAUUUGCGCUCCCUGUCCACUGAUGAUUUCAAAGACUUGACAGCCUUGAGAGAAUUACACUUGAGUUUCAAUAAACUCAGUAAACUACCACAUCACAUUUUCAGGGCUCAGGGCAGGCUGCAGAAGCUCUUCUUGCAAAAUAACCACCUGUCUGACUUACCUCCAACUGUGUUCUCUCCGCUGGGAUUUUUGCAAGAACUUGAUUUGGAUAAGAACAAGCUGCAGCAUCUUCCCAUUUCCCAAUUUAAGGGACUGAAGAACCUGAGACAACUACAUCUCAAAUCCAACCAAUUACAGUCGAUGGAUGAAGGGACCCUGGAGGAAAUGACAGCACUGAAAUCCAUUUAUAUCGGUGAUAAUCCAUGGGACUGCUCUUGUGCUUCUAAUUUGCAUGUUAGAAAUAGUCAGUUAGUAAAGGAUACCUUCACCUGCUCUAGAAAUCGAUCUCUUCAUGAUUUAAAGCAUUGCGCCAGUGCUGCACAUUUCUCUGCAUGUAAAACACACAAGCAGAUAAUAAUGAUUCUGUCAGCUUUCAUUGCAACACAGCCUCAGGGCAUUUUGUGAUAUAGUCACGAAAUUUAAACUAUUGAUUUGUGUUCAUGGACAUGAAUUUCCCUCUUUUUUCGUGUCACCUAACAAGACUGCAACGGAGGCUGAGGAUCAUGGGUAAUGCUGAUUUUUUCCCAUUUUAUCAGAGAAUAAGGCUGAAAAUAAAGGUUUAGGGUUAUGCUUAUACUGCAAUAAAUGUGUGUGUCUCGAAUUAACACAGUCUCGUAAAAUAACCGAGAGAAUAUAUAUUGACUGGAAGGAACCACUGAUGAUGGUUUAUAAUAGCGAGUAGUGUACAGAAUAUAAUGCAAUAAAAACAAGGAUAAAAUCUUAAAUUAAAUGUUGAGUAAUACUGCUUAAAGAUAAAAAAAAUUUAUAACAAAUGAGAAAAAACAAUGCAGCAUCUGUCGUACUCAAAAUAAAUUACUAGAGACACCAAUAAUCCUUCCUAUUGAAAUACAUUAAAUAGAAAUUCAUGCUCAGUGACACGAAAAAAGAGGGCAUUUUGUGUCCAUAAACACGAAUCAAUAGAUUAAAUUUUGUGAAUAUAUCACAAAAUGCCAUGAAACUUGGCUCUUUAUAGUGUAUGCUUGUGUUCUCUGAAAUGUUUUUGUGCUAACUCAGUUUUGUUUGCCUUUGCUAGAGUAAAAAAAAAAAAAAAAAGCCUCAGAAAGUGUGCAAAUGUUAAUUUGUAAAACACCAUAUUAAAAAAGUCUAUCAAUUAUUUGUUUAGCUUCAAACAUGCAAAACAUCUUAUAUAACCUUAAAAAGUUCUUGCUGCCAAGCUGAUUCUAUAAAGCUAUACAUUUUUAGUACAAGCUAUACAUAUAUAAUACUUCUGUGAUAACUUCCAAAAUAAAACUUUGCUUUUAAUUUGUCUUUUCAAAGACUACUGUGUAAAUGUCAGUGGUGCAAAUGAUUAAUCAGAAUAUGUUAACCACAACCACACAUACAUACAGGCACCCCAAAUGCUAUCCUAUCCACCCACACAUGCACACACAAGCAAUUGUAUUCAUAUGUUUUCAUUUGUAUGCUCAGUGUGCUAAAAAUCUGGCAUAUGUACCAUUUUUGUGUAAAGAAAUUAUAAAAUGUAUAUAAUUUUAUGUAAAUGUACAUAAUCUUUUUAAAUGAAUAAAUGUAUAAAUAAUAAUAAUGUAAUAUGUAAUACUUUUAUUUGCCUUAAGAUUGUUUAUGGAGAAGUAUAGAGAAGGUCAGAAGGAGUUGCAUUGUGUGUUUGUGGAUUUAGAAAAAGCGUACGACAGAGUACGAGAGAGCAGUUGUGAUAUUGUAUGAGGAAGUCAGGUGUGUCAGGUUUUUCAUUAGGAGUGAAGAGGAUGGACACGAUUAGGAAACCCCUAAUGGGACAAACUAAAAGAAGAAGA